AUGGCGGUGCUCAAUCCCUUCGACAAGCUCCCGGAGCUCAACUCCGCAGUCCUCCUGCUCGUGGGCUCGGACGAGGAGCUGAUGCAGAAGCUGGCGGAGGCGAUGCUCCAGGAGAAGAGGGACUUCAAGAUCAGCAUUCACAUUGCUACAUCCCUCCCCUUACCUUCAGAGAGAGAUCACCUUCGACCCAGGAUAGAUCUGAUUGUGUUUAUGAUUGACAUCAAGAGCAAGUGCAGCUUGAAGAAUGUCGAAGCUUCCCUAGCUUAUGUGGGUGCCAGGUUCUUCCUGGGGAAAGUGUGCUUUCUUGUCACUGGAGUUGGCAGGGUGAAUUGUUGCAGCAUUGAGAUAAAUGCCGUCUCUAAACUGGGAGAAGCCUACUGCAGUCCUGUGCUAUUCUGUGAACUGGAGUUGGAAGGCGUACGAGUUGCCACUGCUCAACGACUUCUCCGAAUGUUACAGAUCUGUGCUGGUCUCGUACCGGGAUUUUCUGCCUUGUCUUUUAGCUUGCUGAUGAGGAACUCUGCUGAUGAUUAGCUUCUCGUUGUGAUAAUUCAGCCACAUUUGUCAGAUUUUUUUUUCACUUCAGGCAUUCAAGCUGCUGCAGUUGGAAUCACACUGGGGAGCCUUUUUGCCUGACUUGUCACAACCACUCAUCCAGAACUGUUCCUAGUUGCUUAUCUCUCAAGAAAAGCUUGAUUCCUAUGCAGUGGAAAACGUAUAGGUGCUGUGGGGAAGGCAGUUUGAAUUCGGGAUUCUUAUCCAUUAUUACACCUGAACCCCAUUUCAUGAUCAAGUUUGAGUUUCAUCCACUUGGCUAGUGGCCAGGAACUACAUGUUUUUCUCAGAGAAUAUCAGAAGAACAGGCUGCUAUUUCCAAAGUUCUAGGGAAGAGGCAGCAGACUCCUGCUUCCUUCCAGUUGAAAUACAGCACCUUGGACUAAUGUGAAACCUUGCUGCCAGGUUUUGUCCUCCACCAAGAAAGGAAUUGUGAAGGAAGGCUGGCCCGCAGCUUCUACAUAGACUGCACUUGGCAGUUAAUAAUCCAGCUGUGUGAGCAUCUGUGUGUCAAAGGGCUCAGUAUUUCCAUGCCUGAUACUAACUGAGGAGGAAGGGACUAAAGAAGAUAAUCUAGCACUUUAGCUUUCUUUUAGAUCUUUGAAGAAAAAGACUCCACCUGUCAAGCCCGGGAUAGCUCCAGCAACCCAGCCCCCAAGGCUGAGCAGAGUUCAGAUGCAGCAGACUGGACCACAGCAGCACACAGAAAACACACAUCUCUGUACGUUUGGCACAUGCUGUGUAUAAUCUCUUUACUAACAGGUUCUUAUCAGCAGUAAGUCAUACCUUAUUCUUUCUGCAAGUCUUUAGUGUUUGAGAGUUCCAAUUUAAUAAAAUGAGUAAUAUUUAA